AUGGUUUCGCACACUGGCUCCUUGGAUAACAUAGCCGAGUCUCAGAAGUCUCAGCCUUCUGCUGGGAAGCAUGAGGUUCUCAUUAAAGUGAAAAGCGUUUCCUUGAACUAUCGAGACAUCGCCAUUGCGACCGGCCAGUACCCCUUCGCAGUCAAGGAGAAUGUAGUCCCAGGUUCGGAUGCAGCCGGUGACAUCAUUGAGACUGGCGAGGGUGUGUCUGGAUUUGAAAAAGGCGACAGGGUUGUUAUUGCCUUUGAACCUACGACCUUGUAUGGACCGAUCAAGACAUGGACGACAGCUCUGGGUGGUCCUGCCGACGGUGUAUUGAGACAAUACAUCGCCGUUCCCACCUCGGCGGUUGUCAAAAUCCCUGAGAGUUCUGCACUCAGUUAUGCCCAGUGGGCGAGUGUGGUUUGCACUGGUACCACAGCGUGGAAUGCCUUGUGUGGAAACAACCCAUUGAGGCCAGGUCAAACUGUUCUCUUCCAAGGAACUGGCGGUGUGUCAAUCACUGGUCUCGCACUGGCCAAGGCUGCAGGUGCUACGACCAUCAUCACAUCCUCUUCAGAUGAGAAGCUUGAGCAUGUCAAGGCUAAAUAUGGAGCUGACUACACUAUCAACUACAAGAAGACCCCCAACUGGGCGGCUGAGGCUCGGAAGAUUACCGGAGGGCAGGGUGUUGACUACAUUCUAGAGAACGGUGGCUCCGGAACAUCAAACACAAUUGGUUUCGGUGGUGUUAUCGCAAUCAUUGGCUUCCUCUCAUCUGCCACUCAAGAAAAUAUGCCUGAUGUCGCUUCCCUUACUCUUUCCAAAGGCGCUGUUGUUCAUGGUAUUAUGGUCGGAUCGAAACAGCAAUUGGAGGAGGUUGUCCGCUUCAUCGGUGAGCGGGGUCUCCCUGUGCCUGUUGAGAAGACUUCCAAAUUUGGUCGUGACCAAGUCGUUGAGGCUUUGAAAUACGUUGCCAGUGGUCAGCACAUUGGCAAGGUCUGUAUCGAUUUCUAG